AUCUAUGGCAGAUUAAUUUACAACUUAAAGAGCAAUGAUAACUUUUACAGUAUCAUUUCUUCUAUCUUUCCCAAUCGUAAAGAAAAAGAAAGAAAAGAAAACCAAAGAAAAACCGAAAGAUAAACCUAAGGAAAAACAGAAAGAGAAAAGUAAAAAUAACCUUCUAAAAAAUGGAGCUAAGAAAUCAUUAGAACCAGAAAUACCAAAUACAGAGUUCAAUUCCACAAAUAUCUUAUCAGCAGCCCAUAUACAAUAUGAGCUGAUUCCUAACAGAUGUAAGUACGAUAUAGAUGUGGUCUGUUGGGGCCCUGUAGCCAAAAUCAUCACCAACGAUGGUCAAAUUUUCCUCUUCACUGUUAUAAAUAAUGACCGUAUCUGGGUACCUAUCCGCAUGGAACAUUACUUGGAUAAGAUGUCCAUCAAGGAAAUCAAAAAAUUUCAACCAAAAAUAAUUAAUUUUAAUAUAGUGAAUAAUAUAAAUAAUGCUCCAGGUCUGUUAAAAAAUGAAACUCUAUUCAUACCAACGUCAAAAGUCAUUAACGAAGAAACUAAGUCUUUUAAAUCAAGAUCGGUUUUUAAGCUAGUGAAAGACGAUCUGGAUUCGGAGUCAGAUCAAGAUAAAAAAUCUUUAGAAGCGUUUAUGAAAAACAUUAUUCUAUCAUGUGCUAAUCAUCCAAAAGAUGAUACGCCAGUGUCCUGGCUGAACAAUGUAGUAGACUACUCUGUAUUUUAUGAAGCAAUUCAAAAUGUAGAUUCUGGUAAGCUGGUUGUCAAUGAAGCAAUUUAUGCCUGUUCAAAAGAUGACGAAGAACCUAAAAAAGCUAAUGGUAAAGACAGUAAAAACGCUAAGAAAACUAAUAAUACAGAGACUAAAAACGAUAAGAAAGUAAAGAAGGGGAAAGAAACUAAAUCCAAGGACACAUUAACUGUUAAAGUCCCAGCAGAAAUUUUUUUCACGGAAUCUUACAUGGCGACUUAUCGUGUGUUAGCAAAAAACAGUUUUGCAAACAACGUUCUUGUGUUUGUUUCAGCUAAAAAUCUCCUAUCCCGAGCUCAAAAAUUAGCUUUAAAUCCUUUAGUUGUCAAAAUAUUUAAAAUAAUCGAUUUGCCAGCUGAAAAAGUCAAAGAGCACGACUUUGAUAGUGUUUAUGUCCGUUAUUACAUCCCAGAAGUACUUCAGUGCAGAACUGUAGCAAAAGUUAUAGACGACACUGUUAUGUUCAAUGAAGCUCACAUGCAUUUUGUGGACAAUAUACCCAAGAUAAGGCUUGUGCAACAGCUUGAAAUAAGUAAGUUAUUCGUGGAGAUUUACGGUAACAAAAUAAUAAAACAAGAAGAGCAACAAUGUAGUCUCUUUGGUACACACUCAAAAGAUUUCCAGAUCAGCAAAAUUGGCCCAAUAUUUGAGCACAUCGAAGAACCAGAGACUAAAGUCACAUCAGUUCUGUUAGCUGUAAGUACUUUUGAUAUAAGUUCCUUGGCUCAUAAUGUCUGGGAUUUUCGAGAAGCCGCACAGUGUCAUGAGCCUUAUCUAAACAUAUCUAGGAACUUUGUCUACGACGAAAUUCGCUACAUAGAUAUAAAGACUGUUAAUGAAAUCAACUUAAAGCCAGAGAAGAGAGACGAAAGUCUGUCGGAGAAGACAUUAUUGGAGUUUGGUACAACCGUAUGCGUAGAAGUUUAUUUGAUGGCACCACAAGCUCCUGCUUUGGUCUACCACCAUGCGCAGAACACUUUCAAGAGGAUCUUCUUCAUACUAAACGAGGAAUCUUUCGCUAAAAAAAUCUAUAAUGCGUUGGUUACGUAUAACAGUGCAAUACAGACAGCAAACAACAAAGAUAUUUUAACUGGGUUUCUGUUGGAUAACGGAAACAACUAUUUUUUCUACAUAGAAGGACUGGCCAUUGGUUUUAUAUUGAGCUUGUGGCAUAUGGUAGAAGAAACUUGUCCUAUGGAAGGACAAGAGUACGGAGCAGAUAAUAAACCGAUCUGCAAGGGAAAAGUAUUUUUUAAUACUGACAACGCUUUUGAAAAAAGACUUUACAGUCAUUUUCUACCCGUAGGAAUCUACAUUAUAAAUCUAAAAUUUCCACUUCAAGAUAUUCUAGCUAUCCCAGGUAUAUAUUGCAGAAAUAACAUUCCAAAACCCUGCCUACAAGCGUUGAUAAAGUUAUGUUCUUUAUUUCAUGCUAGGUAUUAUAAAGAAGUGUUUCAACAAAAUCUGCUGCCAUUGCCUCAAGAAUUGGUCAGCUUGAAUCUUGAGUGGGGAGUGCCUUUGCGAUGGAAAGAAAAUGUUUUUUAUUAAAUUACUUUUGCAUCUAUGUA